AUAAAAUCCUCCAGCUGUCCAGCUUGACACUCUGUCGCAGGUUAAUACUAAUUCUGGUUGAACUCUUGCCACUUGCUCUUCUGUUAUUGGAAGCCGGGACCACAUAUUGUAUCGCUAGCUGACGGUUGAAUGGAAGGAAGCAACAUACGGAACCGAGCCGAUCCGGGCCAGUUGAGGCCAGGUCGAGAUACGAAAGACAGCAGCACCCAGACUGACAGCCGAGUACAAGGUCAUGGCCCCAGGUUAUCCAAGGUAAACUUGUUUACCCUGUUGAGUUUGUGGAUGGAGCUGUUCCCGCCGGAGCAGCCUGAGGAGGAUGACCCCAGUCAGGUCCGUGGGAUUGGUCUGGUGGUUGUGCGGGACAGUAAGGUGGUGGGACUCCACUGUUCAGGACCUGAGCUCCACGCAGGACAGGCAGCCAUCAUACAACAUGGCGCCAGCCUGGCUGACUGUCACUUGUACUUCUCCAGGAGACCCUGUGCUGCCUGCCUCAAGAUGAUCAUCAACGCGGGAGUCAGUCAGAUCUCCUUCUGGCCCGGGGACCCCGAGGUCAGCAUGCUGAGCUCCACCUCUACAAACCAUUCAAACUCCCGCAGCCCACCCGACUGCAUCACGGAGGAGGCCGCGCUGGACGCCGUGGCAAUCGAGAAGCUCAAGUCCAACAGCCGCCCUCACAUCUGCGUGCUGCUGCAGCCGCUGGCGCCCGGCCUGGCGCAGUUCGUUGACGAGACGUCCAGAGAGUGUGAUUUCAUGGAGAGAGUGACUGACGAUGAACCAGGGCUGAACACAGAGGAACUUUUUAACAGAGAGUGGACGAGACACCUGAAGCAUUUCUCCAGACAGUUCCUGGUUGAGACGCCUCGGCAGCACCGGUACAUUUUGACCCAUAUGGGUCUGGAGAACUUCUGCGUGGAGCCGUACUUCUCCAACCUGAGGAACAACAUGAGGGAGCUGGUGGAGGUUCUCGCCGCAGUGGCUGCUGGGGUGCCACAGCAACAACACGGCUUCUACAGGGAGCAGCAUUCAACGCCCGAGUCAUCCCUAGCCAAAUCCCCGCCGUCUCCUCGCCACGAGGGACUGUCCCAAGAUGUGGCUCGCCAUUGCAUCAUACAAGCCAGGCUGCUGGCUUACAGAACAGAGGACCCUAAAGUGGGAGUGGGUGCUGUUAUUUGGGCCAAAGGACAGUCGGCUGGCAGUGAUGGAACGGGCUGUCUGUACCUGGUGGGUUGCGGGUACAACGCUUACCCAGCAGGCUCACAGUACGCCGAGUACCCCCAGAUGGACAACAAGCAGGAGGACCGGCAGAGGCGCAAGUACAGAUACAUCGUUCACGCAGAGCAGAACGCCCUCACCUUCAGGACUCGAGCCAUCAAACCGGAGGAGCCCACUAUGCUGUUUGUGACCAAAUGUCCAUGCGACGAGUGUGUGCCUCUGAUCAGAGGAGCCGGCAUCACACACAUCUACACCACCGACCAGGACCGGGACAAGGACAAGGGGGACAUUUCUUACCUGCGGUUCAGCAGCCUGAAGAACAUCAGCAAGUUCAUAUGGCAGAAGAGCCCUUCACCUGGCUCAGCGUCCUCUCCCCACCGGGCCAACGGUUGUGUCGGGAAGCACAGCAGGCAGACCGAUCAAGAUAGCCACAGCACCAAGAAGCUGUGCACCAACAGAUCGCACGACUCGCCUACUGUUAGCUGAACGCCAGCCACAGAUGGAUGGACAGACAGAUAAAUGGAUACACCAAAAAAACCCAACAACACAGAAUCCUGUUUUUAGCCAACUUUCCACAGACUAGAUGUUUUAUGGCUCGAGCUGGGAGGAGUCUGAAUAUUAUUUCCUCCCUGAAGAUCAAAUCUCUGCCACAUCAUUAUUUUACAUUAUUUAUUUGCUCUUUUACCCAGAACUGGGGUUGGUUUUGUGAGCCAUGUUUUUUUUGGAAACUGAUCAUUCGUCAGUCUAUAUGUGAACAUCAACAUCUUUCCUGUGUCCUUCUGUAGACUGUUGAAUCUGCUGCUGCAUGUUUAUGUUUUAUACCAUACUGAGUGAUAAUAGACAGCAGACGCUGGCAGUCUCAGAUGAAGAUUGGUGAAGUUGAAACCUAAAAGGUUGGAUUUGAACUACCUGGGGCUGCUUUGAGUUGGAAUUGUCCUUUUAAGGCUCAUAUCUAAGAAGUGGGAGCCGCCCUUAGAACACUUGAUCUCUCUCUUUCCAUCUGUCGUAUAUUUUAUGUCCUGUUAUUCAGAAGUCAUUGGCAGGGGGUUGGAGAGACGAGAACAAGAUGAAAACCAUACAACACGCUGACCUCAGAGAGAAACCUUUAAGAAGGGAUGGAUGAAUGGGUGCAUUAAUGAGGGAAGAGGUAAGGAAUGCAUGUGGAUGUUGGAGACUGUAGGGAUAGUAAGGAUACCACUAAAAAUAGUAUAUUUAAUAUAGUGAUAUAAAGUGUGAUAUGUGGAUUUGUUCAUUAUGUUGAUGAUUUUUUAUAUAAAGUGGUUUAAAUAGUUUAUUUAAAUACUUUAAGAUGAAUGACAAAGAGGAGGCAGCAGCCUCCUCAUGAAAGGAUUAGAUUAAAGGAAAAUGAGAUUCGUUUCAGUAAUACCAAAAGAAGAAAGUGUUCUCUUUCCUUAAAUCAUGAAAUCCUGAUUCAUUUCACAGUAAUAAAGAGGCAUUCGAUUCGAUAAAAUGCUUCAUGAAGCAGUUUUAAGAAAGAAGGAAGUUGAUAGCGAAGCUUUAAUCUAGUGUCAUUAUUUUCAUUAUUUAUCUAAAGUGUUGAGGAUUCUGCACGAGAACCCGUUCUACUUGCAUUGUAUGUCAUACCUUUUUCUAACACGCAGUUCAAAUGUUUCUGUAGCUGGAAUCCAUUCAUGGAGAAAGACUUAGUUAAUCUCAGAGUGCUAGCUGUGGAGCCUCUCAGCAUAAUUCAGAAAAACAAGUUAAACUCUUGAGACUGACAUGCUGCAAUAUAUACACAAUGAAAAUAAAAAAAAUGAAAAAAUAA